AUGGCAGACAAUGCUACACAUCGCUACAUCUCAUCUUUUUUCCUGGUUGGUAUUCCUGGUUUGCAAGAUUUUCACUGCUGGAUUGGCAUCCCCGUCUGCCUCCUGUUUGCCCUGGCCCUGCUGGGGAACAGUGUAAUCAUCAUCACCAUCAAACUAGAACCAAGCCUCCACCAGCCUAUGUAUUUCUUCCUUUGUAUGCUGGCAGUGAAUGACAUGGCUCUUGCCUCUUCCACGGCCCCCAAGAUGCUUGGUAUCUUCUGGAUGGAUGCACAUUGGAUUGACUUUGACACCUGCCUGACACAGUUGUAUUUCAUUCACACAUUCUGCAUAAUUGAAUCAUCCCUCUUGGUUGCCAUGGCCUUUGACCGCUAUGUAGCUAUUUGUAUCCCAUUGCGUUAUACAACCAUCCUGACAAUACCAAUGGUCAUUAAAAUAGGUCUAGUUGGUAUGACCCGAGCUAUCCUUAUGGUUUUUCCAGGUCCUCUUCUUAUUAAAAGGCUACCAUAUUAUACUAAAUAUGUCAUCUAUCAUGCCUACUGUGAGCACAUGGCUGUGGUGAAGUUGGCCAGUGCCAACACCCUCAUUAACAGAGUGUACGGAAUCUCUGUGGCCCUUUCAGUGAUGGUGUGGGACCUAGGGCUCAUAGCCGCAUCCUAUACCAAAAUCCUCCAGGCAGUCUUCCGGCUGUCUUCCCAGAAUGCCCGCUCGAAAGCGCUGGGCACCUGUGCUGCCCAUGUGUGCACUAUACUUGUCUCCUACACCCCUGCACUGUUUAGUUUCCUAACUCACCGCAUUGGCAAGAAGGUACCUCCAAGCAUUCAUAUAAUUUUUGCGAGUUUGUAUCUUUUGGUGCCUCCCGCAGUCAAUCCCCUGGUGUAUGGCGUCAAGACCAAGCAGGUUCGUGACCGAGUGGUUGGUCUCUUCUUCCCAAACAAGAAGAUUUCUGGAAACUAAAAUAUGUAAAUACCAGUCCUAAUUGGUGUAACAUGAUUAUCAAAAGUUACGGCUACCAUAAUGGAUAACUGAAAAUAGUCCCAACUGUU